AGUCGGGUCACACGUCAGUGGGAAACCUGUACUGGUGGGUGGACGUGUAGCGCCUGCGUCAGCAGCCAGUACCCGGAUGCACCGGACAGAAAGAUGGAGCGGGUGGUGGUUGAAAUGCCGAUCAACAACGGGUUUUCCAUGACGUGCCCCUCGGCGACGCCCCGAAAGCGCCAGGUGCGUUUCUCAGCCCGACACGACAUCAUUCUUCUGCGAGAGGUCAUCGCUCAGAACCCGUUUGGCUCCAAGGAGCCAGGACGGAUCUGGGCCCGUGUCGGGGAGAUCAUCACUGCCGCCCUCCAGACGGAGAACUUUGAGGUGGAUGCCAGAAGGUGUAGGGAGAGGACCAUGCUGCUGCUAGACUACUACAAGAAACAGGACUUUCCCAGUCUGCGUAGGUUUGGCACAGAGAGGUUGUACGCCCAAAAGGAGGAUCUGCUUCAUGAGGUUCUGGAGCUGGAGGCUGAGCGGGGUUUGCUGGCCAGCGCUGAGGGGGCAAAGUACCAGGAUGAAGAGCGGCAGACUCGGACCGUAGAUGAGCUGAAUCUACCAGAACAGGACAAACCCAACAUCACACAGAUGCUUUCUGCAGAAGCAGAAGAAGAACACGAGCAGAUGUCCGAGGUGUCGGCGGCGCCCACAGCCAAGCGUCCGUGCCAGUGCUGCUGUCAGACGUACUCCGAGAUCCUCAGCUUUCUGGAGAAGCGCUCCGAGGCCGAGCAGCGGCUCCGCGAGGAGGAGCUCGCCCUGCGCCGGGAGGAGCUGGAGAUUCAGAGGAGUAAGAUUUCUCUGGAGCGAGAGCGUCUGGAGGCAGAGAGAAAAGAGCGGGAGAGCCGGUUUGAGCUGGAGAGCCAGGAGAGGCAGGUCAUCUUGGACCUGCUGAAGGAUAAAGUUCUGAAGGGCUGAAAAGCAGACGCCACCACCUGCGGCGCUGGAGGGAUGGCUACGGAACAGCUAAAGUGGAAGUGAAAAGGUCACAGAGAGGAACGGUAUUUAAAACCGACACACGGGCGGUCUGUUGCUUCUGUCUGAUUUCAAAGUCAAACAGAAAAAAAGGAAACCUGAGAGCCAGACACUAACAGGAAGUACAUCUGCUGCAGGAAGUUCUGAACGAACUGAAAUGGUAUUAUCUUCAUACAAAUCUGCACUAAAGAUAAAACAGAAACACUUUAAUCAUCAAAAAAAAAAAACAUGAAACAUCCUGUUUGGUGGCUGAUCCACUUCUUGUGUUUAAACCUUUCACAAACUCAGCAGCAGCAGGCAGACCUUUCAUCUGAGCCUGAUCCAUCCGACUGAGAGCGGUCCGGAUACUUUUCCUACUUCCGGUCUUCUUCGGACUCAGACUGGAUCAGGAUGCAGGAGAAUAAGAUGCCUGAAAAGCUCGUCUUCUGUUCGGAUCCACCAGUGAUGUAAAACCUCAGAGACGGUGUUACCGACGGCGUUGAACGCAUCACAAACGUAACGAGUUACAGAGAUAUGUUCUUUUUCAGUAGCAGAGUAUUUUAACACAUUACUUUUAAAAAGUAGAUUAGUCGUUACAAAUUCAGUAACUCAAAGCAAACUCCCCUCAAACAAUUCAGCUCAAACCCAAAUCAAGCUGGAUGCUGCUGUGGGAUAGCUUAUUAUCCUUAGUGGCUCUCCGUAGAAGCCAGUGAGCGGUGUCGGGAUGGAGCAACGUCGUUUAAUAGCUAACAUGAUGGCUAAAUUGGUUUUUCAUUCAACUUACUGAUAAACAGUAAUAAAAAAGUUUCUCCUCUUUUUUGUGAUAGACACCAUAGAAGAAGAUAACACGCACUUCCUGCCGCUCACACUUCACUUGGACGACGCUAGUUCAGACUAGUUUUGUUUUUGAUCAAAUUCUUCAGUGAAGAACAUUUUACGUUAACCAAUCAGAUGCGAAGGUACUGGUGACUUGAAGUGUAAUCAAAUAAUUGUUUGUGGUCUCAUGUUUGUGUAAAAUGUAAAUUUUAUUUAAUAUGAUAAAGAUAUCUUGGCUAGAGUAACCCAAAGUGGUGUAACUCAGUUACAUUUCUGAGACAGUAAUAAGUAGUACAAGCAGGGCCAGAUUAACACUUCGUUGUACCCUGGGCAACAAUAUUCAAGGGCCCCAUCAUCACGACCCAAGGAUCACCAUAAUGUGGUCACAUACAGAAUAUAUUACUGUAAUAUGCAGUAAAUAUACUCAAUACUUGAAUGCCUGGCAUCACGUAACCCACUCAGGGUAUCCUUUGACCCACCUUGUGUGGACUGACCAAUGAGGAGAGGGUCUUAACUUGAGGCCCUCUCCUCAUUGGUCAGUCUGCAUGAGACUGACUCUCAACUGACGUUCAAAGUCAUAGGCAGCGAAGCGUCUCUGUGCAGCGCAAAAGCCCGGGUGGACAGUUUGUUUAAUGUAGGGUGAUCAUAUUUCCAUUUCCAAACAAGAGGACAGGGGAUCUGUGCCUAUGAUGUCACACUAUGGCAACGCCACACAAACCACGUUGGGACCCAUUUUUUGUAAGAACUAAAUUAAUAUCAGAUUCUGCCAAUUAAAGGGCUUUAAAACAAUUCGUAUGUAAAUAUUUAGCAUAUUUACUGCAAAAUCUCAUUUUUCUGCUUUAGUGCUGCAACAAGGUUUUAUUAAUAAUAAAUUAUUAUACCUUUUGUUUUACUACAGCAUUGGUAAGCUUCCUGUGCACAAAUUAUUAAGGAUGCUUGUUUCAGCUGUGAGAUUAGACGAUAGGAUCAAUGAAAAAAUAAGUUGUCACACACUCCAUGGAAACUUUCAGAGAAUCCACAAAUAGUGGCUUUCAAAUGGUUUUGUUACUUUUAGCUACUUUAGAAAAGCAGCAGAUGAGACAGCAUGUCUGAUCAUUUAGUUUUUCAUCUGAUAUAUUAGAACAUGUCAGUAAUGUCUGAGGGGCUUUUAUAAACACUGUAUAACUAAUACUCCUGGAGAGGGUAGGGAUUACACAGA